UGUCAAAAAGGAGAACAUAGUAUGCUGAACAUAUAUCCCUAUGCUGCAUAUAUCCCUAUGCUGCAAAUCUGUUAGGGAUGGGGUAUAAUAUGCAAGUGGCUGUCAAAAUCUUCUUUUUUGCUUUUUGGGUAUCUUCCAUUACGCUCGCUGAAAAUGAAGAAUGUCUUAAAGGAAAUAUUAAUUAUGAGAAUACCCAGAUAAGUAAUCUUAAUGAAAGAUAUACACAUGGACAGACAGUGAAACUGAACUGUGCCUCCGGCUACGUUGGAUCUUUGAGGCUUGAAUGUGAAAAUGGCAUAUGGACAAAAAUUGCAGGAAGAGAAUGUAAAAAAAAACCAUGUGGUCACCCAGGAGACACACCAAAUGGAGACUUCAAGCUUACAAAAGACUCAGAGUUUGUAUUUGGAGCUACAGUGGAAUAUACAUGUAGGCCAGGGUAUAUAAUGGCCAGCAGAGUAAAGCAUCGUAACUGUCGUAUCGACGGAUGGGAUAAUGCUGUACCUGUCUGUGAAGUGGUGAAAUGCCCUAUUAUUAGCAAUUUAGGUGAUGUGAUUGCAACAGGCAACACUGAAGAAGCAAGCUAUGGUGAUGUUAUCCACUUUGAGUGUGCAUCUCCUGACAAGAUGUUAGAGGGACCAGAAGACAUACACUGCAAAAGUGAUGGACAAUGGAGUGACAAAAUACCGAAGUGUAUAGAAAUCAAAUGUCUGCCACCUGAAAUACCACAUGGAUUUACGAACCUUGAUAAGGAGUACAAAGAAAACAAUAUACUACAAUAUAGUUGUGAAAAAGGGUACAAUCCCAGACCUGGAAAUCCUAGGUGCACAAAAUACGGCUGGAGUAUAAAACCAGAAUGUGAAGUAAUUACUUGUCUACUUGGAUCACCCACAACUGGUGUUGUCAGCACAAAGCCAAUAGGGAAAAAUAUAUUUCUGGCUGGAGAAUAUGUGGAGAUUAUAUGCUCAAAAAAAUACUGGAUUUUUGGAACAAAGCAAGUGUCACGAAAUAUUAAAUGCAAAGAUGAUGGGAAAUGGGAAUUGAGGCCAGUGUGUGAGGAAAUCACCUGUGAAUAUCCCGAAGGUGAACAUCUGUUAAAUAAUCCGAACUACAAGCGGAUUUAUAAAUUAGGGGAGAACACAUGGUAUAGAUGUGAAUAUGGUUAUCAACGUACAGCUGCAAGUAUUACAUGUACAGAGAACGGCUGGGAGCCAGAACCACGAUGUAUUGAAAUUACUUGUCAAAAACCAGAGAUUGCACAUGGAGAAGUGCUGGGGAUACAAAAGAAUACUUAUAAUAAAAAUGUAAAAAUAGCGCUCAAGUGUAAUCAAGGAUAUGAACCUGGAAUAUUUUUUGUCACCUGUAAACAAAAUGGGGAAUGGGACAACAUGCGGCAAUGCACAUUGGGUAUAAACCUUAGAUGCCGAUAUCCUGAGCGAGAAAUAAAUGAUGCAAUUCGGAAUGACACAAAUCUGAAGGCGUACUAUGAGGAAGGUGGCGGUGUACAAUACAAGUGUAAAGAAGGCUUCUACUUUCAGCAUGGGAGCAAAGCCGUGUGUUCUGCAGGAAAAUGGAAGUACCCACAAUGCAUAAAAUAUACUACCUGUGAAUAUCCCAGAGGUGAACAUCUGUUAAAUAAUCCGCCCAACUUCAAGCGGAUUUAUAAAUUAGGGGAGAACACAUGGUAUAGAUGUGAAUAUGGUUAUCAACGUACAGCUGCAAGUAUUACAUGUACAGAGAACAGCUGGGAGCCAGAACCACAAUGUAUUGAAAUUACUUGUCAAAAACCAGAGAUUGCACAUGGAGAAGUGCUGGGGAUACAAAAGAAUACUUAUAAUAAAAAUGUAAAAAUAGCGCUCAAGUGUAAUCAAGGAUAUGAACCUGGAAUAUUUUUUGUCACCUGUAACCAAAAUGGGGAAUGGGACAACAUGCGGCAAUGCACAUUGAUUACUUGUCUACUUGGAUCACCCACAACUGGUGUUGUCAGCACAAAGCCAAUAGGGAAAAAUAUAUUUCUGGCUGGGGAAUAUGUGGAGAUUAUAUGCUCAAAAAAAUACUGGAUUUUUGGAACAAAGCAAGUGUCACGAAAUAUUAAAUGCAAAGAGGAUGGGAAAUGGGAAUUGAGGCCAGUGUGUGAGGAAAUCACCUGUGAAUAUCCCAGAGGUGAACAUCUGUUAAAUAAUCCGCCCUACAACAAGCACAUUUAUAAAUUAGGGGAGAACACACGGUAUAGAUGUGAAUAUGGUUAUAAACAUAGAGCUGCAAGUAUUACAUGUACAGAGAACAGCUGGGAGCCAGAACCACAAUGUAUUGAAAUUACUUGUCAAAAACCAGAGAUUGCACAUGGAGAAGUGCUGAGAAUACAAAAGUAUACUUAUAAUAAAAAUGUAAAAAUAGCGCUCAAGUGUAAUCAAGGAUAUGAACCUGGAAUAUUUUUUGUCACCUGUAACCAAAAUGGGGAAUGGGAAAACAUGCGGCAAUGCACAUUGGUGAAAUGCCCUAUUAUUAGCAAUUUAGGCGAUGUGAUUACAACAGACAACACUGAAGAAGCAAGAUAUGGUGAUUUUAUCCACUUUAAGUGUGCAUCUCCUAACAAGAUGUUAGAGGGACCAGAAGAAAUACACUGCAAAGAUGAUGGACAAUGGAGUGACAAAAUACCGAAGUGUAAAGAAAAAACAACUUGUGCAAAAACCUCUGUGCAAAAUGGGUUCACAUAUAAAUUGCCCGGAGGAUUUUCUUACUCAUGUCACGCAAACUAUAAAGCAUUUGAUGAGAAAUGGUGGGGAGUGGUAAUCUGCACUGAAGGCCCACAGAGUUAUGCACCACUGUGUAUACCUAAUGAUCAGUGUGGACAAAUACCCAAUGUUCAUGCAAAGAAAAUUCAAGAAAAGAAAGGGUAUAAGAAUGAGGAAACAGUAGAGUUUGAAUGUGAAUCAAAACCAUGUUGUUUUAAAUGUAUCAGUGGAACGUGGCAAGACUGUCAAUGUAUUCCUCCCAGUGUUGAAAAUGCAGUUAUUACUUCACACAGUCAGCAUCAAGUGGAAUACAUAUGUCGAAAUAAUUACACAAUAACUGGGAAACGGUUAAUAUCCUGCAACAGCUCACAGUGGAAAGAACUACCAUCGUGCAAUUUGGGUAUAAACCUUAAAUGCCGAGAUCCUGAGCGAGAAAUAAAUGAUGCGAUUCGGAAUGACCCAAAUCUGAAGGCGUACUAUGAGGAAGGUGGCAGUGUACAAUACAGGUGUAAAGAAGGCUUCUACUUUCAGCAUGGGAGCAAAGCCGUGUGUUCUGCAGGAAAAUGGAAUUACCCACAAUGCAUAAAAUUGGGUAUAAACCUUAGAUGCCGAGAUCCUGAGCGAGAAAUAAAUGAUGCGAUUCGGAAUGAUACAAAUCUGAAGGCGUACUAUGAGGAAGGUGGCGGUGUACAAUACAAGUGUAAAGAAGGCCUCUACUUUCAGAAUGGGAGCAAAGCCGUGUGUUCUGCAGGAAAAUGGAAUUACCCACAAUGCAUAAAAUUGGGUAUAAACCUUAGAUGCCGAGAUCCUGAGCGAGAAAUAAAUGAUGCGAUUCGGAAUGACACAAAUCUGAAGGCGUACUAUGAGGAAGGUGGCGGUGUACAAUACAAGUGUAAAGAAGGCCUCUACUUUCAGAAUGGGAGCAAAGCCAUGUGUUCUGCAGGAAAAUGGAAUUACCCACAAUGCAUAAAAUCCUUAAAUAUUUAUCUGGAAGAGAAAAAUGAGACGGCCCGAAAUGAAGAAUCUUUUUUGCAUGAAAAUGUCACAGCUGGACAAACCAGACUACAGUCCAAAGUGGCUGAAAAACCUACAUGUCGAAAACCUAAAAGAAUUAAAAAUGGGACUCUGAUGUCAGAUCAGAAGCAGUUCUAUGAGGAAGGUGAAACAGUAGAAUACCAGUGUACAAAAGACUUUCAGUUUAAGAAUGGUUCCAUUGCCAUAUGUUCUGGAGGAGUGUGGGUUUACCCAAAAUGUAUACAAAAGUGAAAACAUCAGAGGACAGAACAGUUCUCAAUCAACAACCAUUGCCUGGAGACAAAGCAAUGUACACAAAACAUGGUCAAUCUAUAAUAUCAAGGUGUCAAUCAGGAACAUAUCAAAAACAUAUAUAGCAGAAGUGUCUUGAUGGAAUAUUACACCUGCUUUCAUUAAUUAAAAUUCUAACAGAUUUUCAUGUAACUGCUAAAAUAAUGUAUGUAGUUUUAUUUGAGAAAAAUAAUAAUGGACCCAUACAGCCAGAACAACAAUUAUAACUAGUUACUAAAGAUUAAUCUACAUUUUCAAAUCAUAUGGAGAAUUGAUGAGGAGUACUAGAAGGUUCUUCUUUAAUCGUGAUUUUUACAGAACAAUUUUAUAUUGUCUUUUCAUAGGUAAUUCAGCAAGUUAAUAAAAACAUUUAUAAUAA